AGAGUGUGAACAGUGAGGUGCAGCACAGCAUCAGUGCACGAGAGCAAGACACACAUCAACCUGGGACUGAAAACACCACAGCGCCAGUGCCGUUUCUCAGCGCGCCUGCCGCAUUUUUGUUCAGGCACUUUCACAGACGCUCUGUUUUGGGGUCCUUCGCUGAAGCCGCGCGCCACUCGCACUCUCGCCUCCGACCAUUUUGAAUGUGUUUUUAAGCUGUUAGUGGUGAGUGUUUAUCGCGCUCCUGUGGCGGUAGGUGAUUAUAUCAGUGUAUCGGGGCACUGCGCCGGGCUGUUCGCAGACAGAAACAGCGAUGAAUCUUGAAUUGCUCGAGUCGUUUGGACAGAACUACCCCGAGGAAGCGGAUGGUACGCUGGACUGUAUCAGCAUGGCUCUGACAUGCACCUUUAACCGCUGGGGGACACUGCUCGCUGUCGGCUGUAACGACGGACGCAUCGUGAUCUGGGACUUCCUCACACGCGGCAUCGCCAAGAUCAUCAGCGCUCACAUCCACCCCGUCUGCUCCCUGUGCUGGAGUCGAGAUGGACACAAGCUGGUCAGUGCGUCCACAGAUAACAUUGUGUCUCAGUGGGACGUCCUGACUGGAGACUGUGAUCAGAGGUUCCGCUUCCCCUCCCCCAUCCUCAAACUUCAGUACCACCCCAGAGAUGCAGACAAGGUGCUGGUGUGUCCAAUGAAGUCGGCUCCGGUGCUGCUCACGCUUUCAGACUCCAAUCACGUGGUCCUGCCUGUGGACGACGACUCGGACCUGAACGUGGUGGCAUCGUUUGACAGGAGGGGAGAGUUUAUUUACACAGGAAACGCCAAGGGCAAGAUCUUGGUGUUGAACACGAACACUCAGGACCUGGUGGCGUCGUUCAGAGUGACCACAGGCACCAGCAACUCCACUGCAAUCAAAUCCAUCGAGUUUGCACGGAAGGGCAGCUGUUUCCUGAUUAACACAGCAGAUCGCAUUAUCAGAGUGUAUGAUGGCAGAGAGAUUCUCACCUGUGGGAGAGACGGAGAACCAGAACCCAUGCAGAAACUACAGGACCUUGUCAACAGGACUCCAUGGAAGCGGUGUUGUUUCUCGGGUGAUGGGGAGUACAUUGUGGCAGGCUCGGCUCGCCAGCACGCGCUGUACAUCUGGGAGAAAAGUAUCGGGAACCUGGUGAAGAUACUCCACGGCACACGAGGAGAGCUGCUGCUGGAUGUUGCAUGGCAUCCUGUGCGUCCAAUCAUCGCCUCCAUCUCCAGUGGUGUGGUCUCCAUCUGGGCCCAAAACCAAGUGGAGAACUGGAGUGCUUUUGCCCCCGACUUCAAAGAGCUGGAUGAGAAUGUGGAGUACGAGGAAAGAGAGUCUGAGUUUGACAUUGAAGACGAGGACAAAAGUGAACCAGAACAGACAGGAGCAAAUGCUGCUGAGGAUGAGGAGGUGGAUGUGACCUCUGUUGAUCCGAUACCAGCCUUCUGUAGUAGUGAUGAGGAGCUGGAGGAUUAUAAGGCACUCCUGUAUUUACCCAUCGCUCCUGAGGUGGAGGAUCCUGAGGAGAACCCAUUCGGCCCACCUCCUGAUGGUCAAGGCUCCACCCCUGAGGAUGGCUCCGCCCAUAACACCUCCACAGACAAGAAGCAGAGACAGCCGUCAACUGAUGGAGCUCCGCCUAAAAAGAAAGUUCGAACUACAACCAUUGAACUGCAGGGCGUUCCCAGUGAUGAGGUGCACCCGUUGUUGGGGGUGAAGGGAGACGGGAAGUCGAAGAAGAAGGCGGCCGGUCGUCCGAAAGGAUCGAAAGGUAAAGAGAAAGAUUCGACGUUUAGACCCAAACUGUUCGACAGAGAGCGAGACGGAGGGGUGGAGUUGGACGGGGCAGGACUAAAGGGAUCCCUCGUGGCUUCAGCGUACAAACCACAUGAUGUUCAGGGUCUGGACUGAGGGGUGAAUGGGCUAAGGGACUGAUGGCGUGAACCUGCAGCGCCCCCUCUCUGUGUGGAGACCAAUCGCACUGUAAAACACUGUUUCAGUGCUGAGUUUGGGACGCUACAUUUGGUUCGAACUGUUUCAGGAUCGGUGUGAGAGACGGGAUGCUUUCAUUCCCCAGAACACAGCGUGUCCUGCUGAUGGACAGAGAUGGGGAGACAGUCUGGACAUUCUUCUGUACAUAUUUUACCUUUCAGAACUGUCUGUGUAGUCAUGGUGAUUUAAAAAAAAAGCCACACCCACUGCCUGUGUGUGUGUGUGUGUGUGUGUGUGUGUGAGAGAGAGAGAGAGAGAGAGAGAGAUCCUUUCUGUAGGAGUUUCUUCCCCUUUAUAUUCUAGGAAGGGGGGGAAUUUUGGAAUAAAACAAUCACGGAAACUAGAACAUGUCUGUAACCUGCCUGUAACGUGUGUGUAAAGCUCUGUUGUGCUGAUUUUUAUUCUCUGAGCCAGUCUGUUUGUGGCUGGAAAAUGCCAAUCACAUGGAUUAAAGUUUUCCGUCGCUACGACGGAUUUCCGUCAA